AUGACAUUCGAAAACCCCGCCCCGAGCAUUUUUCCGAAUUACGAUCCGAUCAGUGAGGAGAGUUCGGCGGCGGUUCCCGGUCGGUGGUCCCACUCGCGUUUAUUUAUGUUGUCGUUUUGGUGUGGUGAAUAUUUGUGCCGUACGGACGAUAACCGGAUUAUCUGUGCGUCCGAGGUGGUGGAAAUUUACACCCAGCGGCAGCUUUUCUCCCAAGAAAACAUGGAGGAGAGCGGGCGUCGGCGCGGGGAGGUGCGCAGCCGGUCAAGCGACCGCAUUCCAUAUGGGAUGCCGGACUAUACGCAAUGUCAGUGUGACUCGAUCCGGAUCAGACUUUAUGGAGCGUCGAAGCCCGAUUGCACUAGCGCGUGUACUCUCACAGGUAUACACACAGACACAUGCGUUUACUCCGGCGCGGCCGUUGAACCGAGCUCUCAAGGAAUUUCUCUGCAGUCGUUAGAAGAAAGCCUUGAGGAGACGGCGGCGACAGGCGACCUUGGGCCCGUGCCGGUCCGCGGACGUUCGUUGAACGCUCCCCCCUCCCCCCCGCGGACCCAGGCCUGCCGCCCUCCCUUACCACCACCGUGGCAACUCGUUUAUACAACGAUUAUGCGUAAUUUUAGUAAAUUAUAUAUAGAAUUAGCUGUCUUAAUAAUAGCAUACAACCACAGUCGUCAAUGA